GUCUGCGCAUGCUCGUUCUUUUCCGGCCAGCGCCAUUGAGCCGCCAUGAGUAUGCUCAGGCUUCAAAAGAGGCUUGCCUCCAGCGUUCUGCGUUGUGGGAAAAAGAAGGUAUGGUUGGAUCCCAAUGAAACUAAUGAGAUUGCCAAUGCCAAUUCUCGUCAACAGAUCAGAAAAUUGGUUAAAGAUGGCCUGAUUAUUCGCAAACCUGUUACGGUGCAUUCACGUGCUCGAUGCAGGAAAAACACUCUUGCACGCAGGAAAGGCCGACAUAUGGGUAUAGGUAAGCGAAAGGGUACAGCCAAUGCCCGUAUGCCUGAGAAACUGUCCUGGAUGAGGAGAAUGAGAAUUCUGAGGCGCCUGCUUCGCCGAUACAGGGAGUCUAAGAAGAUUGAUCGCCACAUGUAUCACAGUCUGUAUCUGAAGGUGAAGGGUAAUGUGUUCAAAAAUAAGCGCAUCUUGAUGGAGCACAUUCACAAGCUGAAGGCAGACAAGGCUCGCAAGAAGCUUCUGGCUGACCAAGCUGAAGCUCGCAGAAACCGGACUAAAGAAGCCCGGAAGCGCCGUGAAGAGCGUCUGCAGGCCAAGAAGGAAGAGAUCAUUAAGACGCUCUCUAAGGAAGAAGAAUCUAAAAAAUAGAUUUUCUUGUACAGAUUAGUAGAGUAAUAAACACUCAUCAUUGA